AUGGCUAAGAGCGGAGUCACAGAACUUGAAAUAAAAGAAAAUGUUACAUAUGGGACUAAGAUAUUUCAAGGGUGCCAGAAUCUAACAACAGUGACAGUUGUUGGGACUCAGGCAGUGAUAUCGAAUAACAUGUUUUAUCACUGUCGCAAUUUAAAUAACGUGAAAAACAUGGAAAAUAUUUAUAAAUUUGGAGUUGGUGCUUUUGCAGAAACUGGGAAAACAACUACCAAAUUGAAUAACCAUGUAGAAGACGGAGAUGUGUCGUUGUUUGAAAACUGUAAUUCAUUGAAAACAGUUGAUUUAAAUAAUGUUGUUAAUAUUCCAAGUAAAUUUUUUUCUGGUUGUUCAUCACUUAGUACUGUUAUUGGUAUUGAUUCGGUGACUGUAUUUGGUAAUUAUUCGUUUGCAUACACCGCAUUGUCUUCUUUUAUCGCAUCAAGUGAUUUAAAUGAAAUUAAAGAAUACGCUUUUGCGCAUUCUAAAUUACAGACAACAACUUUAAAAAAUGUAAUCGAACACAUUGGUACUUACGCAUUUUAUGACUGCGAAGAGCUCACUUUUGUUGACUUGAAAGGAUUGUUAGAAAUACCAGCUGGUACAUUUAAAGACUGCUCCGUGCUAAAAACAGUCACUGGAUUUGAAAAUAUCACUUCUUUUGGAAAUUUUUCAUUUGCAAACACCUCAUUAGAAAAAGUAAUUAUCAACACACAAAGUAGUGUCACUUUGGGUUCAAACUUCUUUCAAAAUUGCAAAUGGUUAAUGGAUGUCAAUCUUGGAGCAAUAAAUAGUCUUCCAGAUUACACUUUUGAUAACUGUGUAUUGCUAAAACAAAAACCAGAAAGUGCUGAUAGUGAUCAUAUCAAUUUUGAGUCUUUUAAUACAAUAAAUACAUUUGGAAGGUAUUCAAUGAGAGGUACCGGUUUAACUAAAAUCUCUUUGAUAAAUGGGAAUACAUAUAUUAUCAAUGAAGGAGCUUUUGCCAACAUAACAUCGUUAACUUCUGUAAAUUUUGGAACAAACACGCUUGCUAUUCCAAAUUACUUAUUUUUGGGAUGCACCUUUUUAAAAACAGUUGAAGGAAUUGAGAAAAUAACAUCUUUUGGUGACUAUGCAUUUGCAAAUACAGGUAUUACAUCAUUUGACUAUACAGAUUUAACAGUCACAACAUUAUCUGUUGGACUUUUUGCUGGUUGCAAAUAUUUGAAUAAAAUAACUUUGCCAAAUUCAAUUACUUCUCUACCAGCUUAUUUCUUUAAAAAUUGCGUUUCUUUGACUCUUGAUAACAUUAAUGGGUUUAAUCAAGUCAACUCAUUUGGUAAGUAUUCAAUGAGUGGUAUGCAAUUUACUGAUCUUGUAUUUAACUCGACAAAAAUUUAUCAAUUUAGCGAAGGUGCGUUUAAAAACUGUGAGAAGUUAGUAAAUGUCACUUUAGGAAACAUUAAGGCAAUAACAAAAUUUAUGUUUGAUGGAUGCACAUCAUUAAAAACAGUUGAUGGGUUAGAUAAUGUAAAUUACUUUGGUGAUUAUUCGAUGAGAAGUACCAAAAUCACUCAAAUAAAGUUUUCUAGUGGUUUUGAAUUUCCAAAUUUAACCGAAGGAAUAUUCCAGAAUUGCACAGAGUUAAUUUCAGCGGAUGUGAAAGUACUUUAUUACUUAACGGCCCAUUUAUUUGAAGGGUGCAUCAAAUUAACAAAUUUAUCAAAUACUGAUUAUUUAUGGUCAGUUGAUGCAAACUCACUUGCGUAUACUAAUUUAAGUAAUAUAUCAUUUAUUAAUAGAUUUGAAAUUAUCAAUAGCGGCGUUUUUGAAGGAACAAAAAUCAAAAGCGUUGAUUUGUCUACGAUAUCCACUUUAAGUAAAAAUGCAUUUAAAAAUUGCGAACUUUUAUCAGAAGUUAACAAUAUGGAUGCGGUUGUCAAUUAUAAUAUUGGAAUGCUUGAAAACACCAAUAUUACAGAAUUUACAUUAAGUAAAACAGAAAUUAAGAGUUACCCAACUCAAUUAACAAAUGAAGAAACAAUAUUUGGCACCACGAAAAUUCGAAAGGUGACAAAUAAAGGAAUAAAAAUAAUAAAAAGCAGAUUAUUCAGAAACAUUGAGACUUUAACCGAGAUUGUUGGAUUUGAAAAUGUUCAUUUUGAAGACAACUCGUUUGAAAACACUGGACUGGUUACACUCACUUUAAAUUCUUUACAAUCAUUUGGCAAAGAAGUUUUCAAAGGAUGCAAGAAGUUGAAAAAAGUUGAUUUUGGUGGACUUCAAUAUGUCGCUAAUGGGAUGUUUAAAGACUGUAUUGAAUUGGAUGAACUUGUGAAUAUUCAAAAUAUCAAAUAUAUUGACGAACACGCUUUCAAUGGAUGUACGAAAUUAACUCAGAUUCAAUUGAAUAACGUUGUGUAUAUCCAGUCAUUAGCAUUUUCGAAUGAUUUAUUGUUUGUUUUUUCUAAUGUCGUAAAUAAAGUGUUUGGCUCAGAAGACUCGUUUGAUCCCACAACACGUGUUUAUGUUUCUAAGCGAUACACCGACAAUUAUUUUGCGAAUAUAUUUAUUGGGAAAAUAUCAUGUGGAGCGAACGAAUACUUCAACAACUCGAUUAAUCCACCCAUCUGUUCAAAUUGUUUAACUGGGACUUAUGCAGUUGAAGGUGCUUCUGCUUUUUGUUCUCCUGAUUUAAAUGGUUGUUUUGCAAAUGAUUCUAAUUGUGCUGUAUGUAAUAAUUCCAUUUGUAGUACAUGUAACUCAAAUUAUUCAUUGAAUAAUGAAGGGAAAUGCGUUUCGUUUAAUUGUGGUGAUGGUGUUUUUACAAAUGGGAAAUGUGUAGUUGAUUGA